CCGGUGGCCGUAGCUGCGAACUGUUUCAUUUGAAAGAAGUUCAUGUCCAGUGUGUUUUUCGAUUCAGUGUGUUUUUAAAGAAGACACUUUUAAAUAUUCUUUUUCCCCAAUAAGCUGUCAUGGCGUUACCAGUUUCAAACCCGAACAAUCCUAUAGUGUUCUUUGACGUCACCAUAGGAGGGCAAGAGGUUGGACGGAUGAAGAUUGAGCUGUUUGCCGACGUUGUGCCCAAAACUGCAGAAAAUAUCAGGCAAUUUUGUACUGGGGAAUUCAGGAAGGAUGGUGUCCCUAUUGGUUACAAGGGAACCACGUUCCACAGGGUAAUUAAGGACUUCAUGAUUCAGGGAGGGGACUUUGUAAAUGGUGAUGGCACUGGGAUCUGCAGUAUCUACAGGGGUCCUUUUGCAGACGAGAAUUUCAAAAUUAAACACUCUGCUCCAGGACUGCUAGCAAUGGCAAACAGUGGCCCAGGCACUAACGGCUGUCAGUUUUUCAUCACCUGUACCAAAUGUGACUGGCUGGACGGGAAGCACGUUGUGUUUGGUAAAAUAGUUGAUGGUUUACUUGUGAUGAGGAAGAUCGAGAACGUCCCUACUGGUCCCAACAAUAAACCAAAGCUCCCUAUUGUUAUUGCACAGUGUGGAGAGAUGUAACUUUAACAAACUACUUCAAAUCCUCUUUUCAGACACACUGAUAACAACUUUUUUUUUUUUUUUUUUUUUUAACAUUUCAGGGACUGUAAUAACGGCCUAAAAUUAAGUGAGAGACUUGUCCUGGCCAAAUUUGGAUUGCGCAGUAAAACAGGGAAACAAACCUGUAUUUUUUUUUUUUUUUUAUUGAAUCAACCCCUAAGAAACCCUUAAAACAGACGUGAACAUUUCUGCUCUAUAACAUGUAAUGUUGCUGUGUAUUAAAUAUUGUCAUUUGUUUUUUUAUAUAAACACAAUCAUGAUUGA